CUCGACUGUCGAAUCACGUAUAUACUCCCUAGCUAGCGCUAGCGUGACUCGACAGGGGCUCCGUAACUUACGUGUGUUGCCCAGGCUCCGAGUUAUCCCUUGCAUUUUGAAUGCGGAGAUUGGGCAGGCACACGUUCACGUUCACUUUGCUUCUAUACUGGGCAUCGCACCCGCGCGGCGCUAUAGCUCUCGUAAACUAUAUAACUUUGUGCACGUUGUAAACGUCCUUGCUGCAAAGCGUUUAGUUCUUGCCCCUACACUCUUUGUUUUCCGCGCCGCGUCUAGCUCCUGCUUCCUCCCCCCCCCCCUCUCCCAAUGAUCUUCAUGCAUGCAAUCGAUUCAAUCGGCCUCAGCUAGAGGUUUCCUGGAUGCGGCCCCAUAUAUUCUCCCCAUACUAUUCGUACCUCCAAUGCCUCGCCGAACAUCAUGUGCCAUCGAUCAACCCCUCGUUGGCGAACUUGAAAGUUCGGAAGUCGCUUUCUAGCAAUAAAGCCCUAAAAAAAGCCAUCUUUUGUGGGACGAAUGAUAUCACUGGCAGACCAACGCGCCGUUCGCGUGAGGUCUUUGCUGGCCAUGCACAACCCAAGCCGUGGAUAUCAUCGAUUUCUGGUGGUCUCAAAGUCAAUGCUCUUCCUGAACAGAAUCAUUUGUUUGUUUGUUCUUUUUGUUUUAAGCCAUUCGGCAUCGAUCACCUUUUGACUCUGCCAGUCAAGGAGCUCAUGGGUCAUUUGGAGACCUUGAUUCAGCCUCUAGCUGAGCAUAAUACAACUUCUCGUUCGCGGCCUUCGGGUUCAAUGCUGAUGCCUCUUUACCCCACUGCAGUGGUACGAAAUCAACGGGUGACCGCUGGAACACCAAUUGGAAAUACGGGUUCGCCCUCAAAACACCAUUACCCUAGGGGCUAACUCCGGAAAUUGUUAUUGGGACUUGACCCACGGCCUGUGGCGGAGUCCAUACAGUAAACAGACAACAAAUUUUCACCAUCUAUCUUGUGGAUGACAGCUAUAAAAGCAAUUGCAUUCGUCGACAGGAUCGCUUCUCCUUUUAUCUAAUCAUGAAUGUCAAUGAUUCUAACGGGGAUUUUCUAUCAGACAGGAAUGUCGACUGGACCACUCGAAGUCUUGUAUAUGAGUCAUGCGCUGUGUGGGGGAUUGCGUUCUAAGCAUACAGGAAACAAGGCGUUCGCGUCUAUUCAUGGGCUAGAAUGGUUUGAUACUCCAGAAGGCGCAUCCUAGAGGGAUGUGAGCAUCAGAAUGGUGACCUUUCCGACAGCAGGGAUGUAUAGCGACG